AUCUAAUCUGUACAUUUUUAAAAAGCAAUUAAAUAUAACCUCAAAUGAAAUAAUGUGUAAACAUUCUUUAAAUUUAUGUUUUUAUCUAUUCAUGUGAGCUCAAUAGUCAGUCAAAAUGAAAUUAAAUAUAGAAAAUAGGAAUAAAAUAAAAACAAUGAAAACCCCAAAACAUAUUAAACACGAAUUUAAGGCUUUGGAGCUAAAACUGACAGAAGAUUCAACAUCGCCACAUACAAUAUAUUUGAAGGAGCAUGCAGUGCGAGAUCACACGAAAGACAAGCCUUCAGGAAGAACUUUACUUAUCCUAAAUAUACCACCGUACGCUGAUGAAAAGGGUAUUGAGAACGCUUUUAAAGAAGCUGGUGAUAUAGAAUCAGUGCAAUUUUUAUUGAAACCUAGUGGAGCAGACAAUAAAAGUACAAGGAAAUUCAUUGAGGAUGUAGCCAGCCCCUCUUUUAGAGUGGCUUAUGUAGUAUUCAAGAAAGUGUCUGAAUUAGAUAAAGCAUUAAAACUAAAGUGUUUACAUCCACUGAAUUCAGAAGAGUAUAAAAUAAAACUUGGCAUGAAUAAAUGGAUUGAAGAAUAUAAUAGCAGCGUCUUAUUGCCUAAAGUUCUUAAAGAAAAGUUAGAAGAAUUUAUGAAACUCCAUGAUAAAGAGGCAAAUAUUAAUGAGAAGAAGGAAAAACAAUUAGAACAGGAAGACAGUGAAGGCUGGAUCACUGUCACCAAGAGAGGGAAAGUUCAAAGUUUUGCUAGGACAGAGAAAGUGGAAAACAAAAUAAUGGCAAAAGAAGAGAGGAAUAAAAAGAGAAAGGAAUUGAAGAACUUUUAUACAUUCCAAAUUAGGGAAUCUAAAAUGAAACACAUUGUUGCACUGAGACAGAAGUUCGAAGAAGACAAAAAGAAAAUAGCGCAAAUCAAACAGAGCCGUAGAUUUAAGCCAUUUUGAAAUAAAUUUUAGUUAAAACAUUGGCAUUUUG